AUAGGAAAGGUCCCUAAAAAUGUAGUUUAGAGAAAAUGGCUAAAACUCGUUUACUGACGAUGAUCCAAGCAGACCUUCGAAAGGUGAGACAAGUACAAGCAACGACGAGUUUGAAUUGUAGACAUCUAUUCUAAAUCUUAUGAUCUUUCUAAAGAUCUAGUUCCAUGUGUUUAUUAAAUGAUGAAGUUUUUAUGAGUUGUUUCCCAUCAUUUAACACAUUUUCAAAUUGCAGAUAAAGUUCAUUGUUGAUGGUCAAUGGACUGCUGAUCCUCAAAGGGAGUCAGUCAACAACGGUGGCAUAUGUAACAACAUUCUGCGAGUUGAUACAUAGUUUUGGCUCCUGGAGGAGAUUCUCUAUAUUCUGUGUAUAGACAAGGUUAGUUGAUUAUUUGCUGAAACUUCUGCUAAAUACUAACUCUUAAACCUUUCAACCAUGGUGAAAACAGAAAACUUCUUUGGAUAAAAAAAGUCUCGAUCAUCGCCUCCACGUCAAGGGUGAAGUUUGAUAAAAUGUGUUUCAAAAGCAGUGUUUGUUUUGAACUAGCCAUCUUAAAUUGUUGUGCCAUUUUCUUUUUGUCGUAAUAAUGCCUUAUUCAAUCAUUGUUACAUCCUAUUGUUAUGUACUACAGAAAUGCAGGACAUUCAAUUUAUUUAUUAUAGCUAUGGUUGUGGUUUUGUUUUUCAGUAUACAUACAGAACAGAUUUGCUUCAAUUUCAAUGCACAAUGCUUGUACAUGGAACAAACAAGCCAAAUGCCUAUAUGUAGGGAGGAGACUCGUGACAUGAAUGAUACUCGGAGGGGAUGAAUGAUCAAAUGAAGGGACGGAGAAGUAGAAGGAAAGGGAAGAUGGAACUGACUAGAAACCAUACCCUUAGAGAAACUAAAAAAGUCUAAACGAAGGGAAAUAAUUUUUGAAUUGAGGAGAAAAUUGUGUUUUGAGUCUUUUGACUUUUUUUAAUUUGAGUUAAUUAGAUAUGAAACUCUGGAUUUUUAGGAAGUUUUGACAUAUCAAGAUGUUCAUCAAAUCGUAUAUUACGUCGGCCCUAAAUUGGGAUCCAUAUGUGAUUGACGAUUUGAUGGAUAUACAAGUAUGCUAAGGAGUUCUGAUUUUUUGUUUUUGCAUUAGAUAUUAAUGUUUUAAUUUUUUUUUAUUUUAAAUCAUUACCACUAAUUUAGGUUGUACUCAUCUUUUGAGUAACUGUUUACAUGUAGGGUAAUCCCGGAUUAAGGAACGUACACGGGGUCUUGGGCAGUGGGAUCAUGACUCUAUUUCUCAUCCAUGCCUACCUUGGACUUCAACUUGGCCUCAGUUACUGAUCAUAUCUCUGUCCAUUCACUACCAUUUAGGCUUUUGUCAAUUCAUUUAUAGGAAGGAAAGUCUCUUAAGGGAAGGGGACGGGUACAAUUUUGUAGCAAAAUGCACAUGGCAUGAAAAAUAAGGAAAGUUAUUUUUGUACCUUUAACUCUCUUCAUUGCAAACCAUAAAUUUCCUUUCCAAAU